CGAUGUGGAAGACGACAGUGUUCGCAACAUAGAUACUAUGUCAAUCGAAGAUGGCCUUCGAUUUUGGGCGUUGUCGAGCAAUGCACCGCAUAGUUCCGUCAAUAUGGUUUUAAAAUUGUUUAAAAAAGCAAACGUUAAAGUUCCGUCAACUGCAAAAACUUUGUUGAGGACGAAACGUAAUCCAUCGUCGGAAAUAAAAGAGAUUGGCGGUGGACAGUAUUGGUAUCGCGGAAUCACAAAAUGCUUGCUUAAUUAUUUUCGAACUAAAAAGCCUUCUUCGACAACUUUUUCAUUGACUGUUUCAGUAGAUGGUUUACCAUUGCACAACAGUAGUAGCAUGCAAUUUUGGCCCAUAUUAUUUAAAAUCAACGAACUACCCAAAGCACCGGUUAUGACAGCCGCUAUCUUCUGUGGUCUUAAAAAGCCGGAUAGCAUCGAUGAGUAUCUCGGGCCGUUGGUAAAAGAAUUAAACCUUUUGCAUUCUAACGGAAUCAAAAUCAACGAAGAACUUAUCACCAUUACGCUAAGUGCUAUCGUUGCUGACACUCCAGCCAGGGCUUUUAUAAAAGGCGUUAAAGGACAUACUGGAUACGCAUCUUGUAUGAAAUGCACUAACAAUGGAGUAUUCAACAAGGAGUCUAAAACAACGGUUUUUUGUGGGAUCAACGCACCUUAAAAAACUGAUGAAGGCUUCAGAGCCGAUAAUUACCCUGGGCACCGAAUCAUACCGACUCCCCUUUUGCAACUGGCACAAUUCGACAUGAUACGUGAUAUCAUUGUGGCAGAUCGGUUGCAUCUCAUCGACCUCGGGAUCAUGAAGCGUUUACUUUUGGGAUGGCGAGACGGCAAGUUGGGCAUAAAAGCUUGGAACAAACAACAAAUUGAGUUGAUAGAUAAAGCAUUGGACAAGAUUCGGCAACCAUCAGAAGUGCAUCGAAAGCAGCGUCCUAUAAAGUACAUCAAGUACUGGAAAGCAUCUGAGUGUGCAUUUUUUCUCCACUAUCCGGCGAUCGCAGUACUGAAAGAUCAUCUACCACAAAAUGUAUACAAACAUUUCUUGCUGCUGUUUUGUGCUAUAACAAUUCUAUCUACAAGAGUCUACAAGCAAAAAUGGCCUCUCGCUGGACAACUGCUGGAUAAAUUCGUAGCGGAUUUCCCCACAGUCUAUAACGAGCGAUAUAUGACGAGCAACAUCCACAAUUUGCAGCACGUAUUUGAAGACGUUGAUCGUUUUGGACCCUUGUCAGAAAUUUCUACUUAUCCAUUCGAAAACAUGCUUCAAUACCUGAAAAAUUUACUUCGUAGUGGAUGGAAGAAUCUUGAGCAGGCCAUCAACAGACUUUCAGAGUUGGAUGAAUUCGAAAUGCCAAUGGAAAGAAGCAAUGUAAAAUAUCCUACAAUCUGCACCAAAGGAAAAAUAACGACUGUUCAUGUCCGAGAAAAUUUCAAUUUGCAGAACAAUGAUAAAAAUUGUUGGUUUCUAACGAAGGACUGCUGCAUAAUAAAAUUUAAAUCAACAAAUACGGAAACGGUUAACGGUGGUAGACUGUCCAUAAGUGGCCAAAAGCUCGCAGUAAAAGGAUUAGCAUUUAGCGAGCCAUUUGAUUCUAGCGAGUUAUUUAUAUUUAAGGGGAACACUGAAAGCCUUGAAAAUUAUCGUUUAGAAUUAAAUACUGAUUUUAUUAAAUGUAAGUUAGUAUGUAUUAAAGGAAUAACCCCGAAUGAUACUAUGUUUAUUCCGCUAGUACAUACAUUGAUAUAGAAUAAAUAUAAAACAAUAAAUAUGAAUGUAAACAAGAAAACAAUAUUACCUAUUCUACUUGUAUUAGUUCAUUACAUCACAAAUUCUGAGAAACAUGUUUCGCAUUGAAAAGCUUUAUCUAAUUUAACGAAUAACAAUACUUAUUUUACAUUCAUCGCAUCAUCAGUUCAUAUUGAAUGCAUUAGUUCGUUUAACAUAUCAGUUAACUUAGUAUUAGGUAACGUAGUAACAUACACAUAAUUGUACCAAUUAUGCCACAGCCAAGAAAUUGUAAACUGUUACGAAUCGGCAUACUCCCUACUAAAUAGAUUUCAAUUCAAUAGCUUUUGCUUGAUUUUCUG